CAUAAUGGACUUCAAAUUUCACAAUCAGAAAAGAAGCGAUUCCCUUAUUCCAGGCUGUCAUACACACACCACACACACAAAACAGUCAUUAUGGUAAUAAUUAUGAAUGAAUAAACGAAUGCAUGCAUUCAAGCACUAUGGAGGAGUUAGAACGGGAUGAGACUGCAACCUUUCCCUUCAAACCCAACGGCAGGCAUCAUGCCUCAUCUCUACAGUGAAUGCACAGGUGUGGAGGAAAUUCUUCCUCUUCUGUCGGCCACUUCGUGGUGGGAUUGCCCGCAAACGAUUAAUAGUGCUUAUGGCUAAGGAAGAAUCGCCAGGAAGAAUCUCUCUUCAAGAGUAAGAGGAGUAAGUAGAACCCAGAGUACUGUGAGGGUUUCUAAGGGUUUUCUUGUUAACCCCCGGCGCCUCGCGCUGCACAGCCUUUUAACACCAGAAGUCCUUCUUUAGCAAACUACCUAGCGACUGAACGUGGCACGCAGACCCGUCCACGAACAAAGUAGUUCCCAGAGCACACCCGGUGAGCAGACUUUCGCACGGAACAUUGUUCCGCCACCACGAGAACGCAGCCUCCGCUUCCCGUCUCAUCCCGCACCUCCGGCUCUCCGAGGCUCUGACUCUGCCCACGCGCAGCUCCGCACGGUCACUCCAGCAUCCCCUACCGACUGCAACAAUGCAAAGAGCUCGGGUCGGGAGUGGGCUGCACUAGGCGCCUCCCCGACUCGCCCCGGGAACAGCAGCCAGCCGGGCGGACGGGCCGGCCCCGCCGCACGCACAAAGCCUCGGGUCGCACCUACCAGGCGGGCAGCCUCGGCCCAGCAGUUCAUCCCACCCGGGCCGGUCCCAAGUUCCAUGUGGGGGCGAGCCCCCCCUCAGCAAGAGAUGUCGGAUGCUCUUCCAUCGUAUUCGUCUCCAGCAAACCCAGGGGAGCCGGAUUCAGUAAUGCUCAGUUAAGCACUGAACAAUGACACUAAUGCUAUAACUGGAAUUCUAAUAGAGGAGAUGGUAAUUUAGGUCUGGCAUAAGAAGGAGGUUGCGAAUUCCAUCUGUUAGAAUUAAUUCUGUAAGGACCCAGAAGACGAGGCUUUUCUGCCAUGGUACUCCCUAUGGAACAUCAUCUGCCUAAGAUUGCAAAAAGCUAUGAAUAACAAUGACUGAUGCACAGUUACUUUCUUCCUGUUCCAAGGAAAACUGUAAAAAAACAGAAGAUAUAAAUGAAAAUAUUUCAAUAGGCAUUCCCAACAAACAACGUAGCUGUGCUGCUGUAAAUACUCCAGCUGCAUGUGUUAAUAAAGCCAUUAAUCUAAUACAAGAUUUAGAAGUGAAAUUGGAAGAACCUUUUUUGCAGCAUAACUUGGGAAAACUUCCAUGGGAUUUGGAUGCUAAAACUGUCAAAGAGACUGAAGAGAUCUGUUUAUCAUUCUCUACUGAAGUGAAGGCUGAGCAGGCAUUGCACUGGAAAAAUAUUCAGUCUUUAAAGGAGAAAACUUCUGCUGUUGUAGCAGAAGUCACCGAGUUAAUUUCACGAUUAGAAAAAGAGCGUAAAGAUGCUGAAGAAGCCUUAGAGUUUGAGAAGCAACAUAGAAAAAAACUAUACCUAAAUUCAGAUAAACUCUCAUUUUGGAGAUUACAACAGCUUCCCAAAGCUGUUCAAAAAGAAUGGGAGAAAUGUUUGCAAGAUAUAAUAGAAUUACAGUGGCAUUUUGAAGAAAAAAAUGAGCAAUUACAGGAUGCCCUAAACCAACUGACAAAAAUAGAGGGAGCCAAUUCAGUGAUCCUGAAGCAGAUAAACUUUAUGAAGAAAUACAGCCCUCUGCUGGAAGAAAAGCUAUGUCAUGAAGAUGAUUCAAUGAAAGAAGUAAAAGUAUUAUUUGAAGAGGCAAAAGCUCAGUAUGAUACUGUUCAUCAGAAAUAUUUGGAAGUGCAAAAGUUGCAUGAAGAAAUAAAAGAAGAAUGUGAAACAAAAAGACUAUAUAUGUUUGAGCAAAUAGAAGCUGAUGAGACUACAUUAAAUCACCUUAGGGAUGAGUUAAAAGAAACUGACAUGUUUUAUGCUGACCUCAAUAACAAGAUACAUAGAUUGAGGGAGGAAAUACUGGAAAAUGAAAAUCGCCUUGAAGAACUAAUCAAGCAAGAAGCAGAUACAAAAGCUGACUUAAAUUCUUGGCGUGAUAAAGAAAGGCGUUUGAAGUUGAAAAUUUCAAGACAAGAAAGUGAAAACAGACAAUUGCUGGAUGAAUUUCUCAAAGAAGUGAAGAUUAUGGAAAGCUCAAAAUCCAAUAAAGAAUCUGAUCUACAAAAACUGAAGGAUAAGCUUGCACAUGAUCUUCAACAGUUCACUAAUUUGCAAAAUGAAAUCCAAUAUCUUAAAAAUGAAAAUGCCGGAUUUAUGUACAAAUUCAGAGACAGUGCAAGAAGGAAAAUGGGAUACCAAUCAGAAAUUCAGGUUUUGCAGAAAAAUAUUCGUAGGCUGGAAGAACAUUUAAAAAAAGUAAAUAAAGACCUUUAUGCUGCUGAGUUGGCUUAUGACGAUGCCAAAACAAAACUGGAGGAACUGAACGAAGGCAUUGGUAAAGAAAAAUCACGUUUCAAGAAUUUGGAAGAGAAUAUUAAAAAACAAAUUAGAGAUGAAAUAAGUGCUUGGAAGCUGACUCAGAAAAGACUUAAAGCACUACAAGCAGAGUUAGAAAGAAAGAAAAAGGAGCAUGAGAAAUUAAUGGAAAAGAUGAAGAGUAAAUUAAGAAAAUAUGAGCAGCUUUCAGCUGAACAAGCAGAAAUACUGGAAAAAAAUAAAGACGUGCUCAAAGAACUUAUGGAGAAAAUAGCUGAAUUAGAUCAGAAGAUCAAAGAACUUGAUGACAAGGAGGAAAAUGUAAAAAAUGAAUUAGAAAAUAAAAAGAAAUGUGCUCAGAAGCUAUUAGAUGAUAAAAAGGAGAAAUAUUUAGGCAUUUCAAGCCAAUUUACUAAAGUCAAUGAGGAAAUUGCACAUUUACAAAAAGAAAUUGCAAAAUUAAAUGCUUUAAGGAAAGGACAGGAAAACCAGGUAGACAAUAUAGAAAAAUCUGUAGUCAUUUUGAGAGAAAAAUAUACCAAAAUAAAGUCCAAGGAAGAUAAUACUCAGAGAUUAGUUGAUUUUCUCCAUGCCCGGCUGGAUGCUGUUAGAAAAAAAAUAACGACUGACAACAGAAUAUUUGAUGAGCUGCUGUGGAAUAGACAAAAUGAUUUGAAAAUUAAGAAGAUUUCCCUGGAUGAUGUACUGGAUGAAAACCUACGCUUAGCACGAGAAUAUCAGAUGCUCCAGAUAUGCUAUCUAAAUGACAAAAAUCAACUUAUGGACUUCUAUGACCAUAAAGGCAGAGCUGAAGCUGCACUAUGGGAUCAACAGCAGCUCUCUCAGCUGCAAAAGAAGCUGCACAAGCUAUUGGUGGAAUACUUCAAAUUGCAAGCCUUCUAUAACCAAGCCAAGCUCGGGAAGUUGCAGGCAGCCUCUCAUGAGAUUGUUCAGAAAAUAUUAGCUGUGAAGGGGGGAUUAUCAGAGACAGUCCAAAAUACAAACACUUUCUUGAAGUCUUUGACAGAUGGUUCAUCUACUUAGAAGAUAAUGCAAACAACCACUGUGUCUUGGAUGCUGAAAUAUAAGACAAGAAAAGUCACACAGUUCAGAUAACAGUGUAAUUGGACAUUCACCUGUUUGCCAUUUCACACUUCCAUGGACGAAAAACUCACCACCUCCCAGCAUGCCUUGCCAUUCUCUUACUUACAGCAAAUCCAUAACAAUGAAACAGGUGACUUUCAUGCUGCUGUCAGGAACGAUCUAAUUUCAGCUCUGGGUGACUGAUUGCAAUUGGCUUUGCCUCAUCUGAUAAUUAAUCUAUGUCACCAUUAAUUGGAAGAGAGAAUAAUUACUGGUGGUGUUGACAGUGACUGUACGCUUCCCCAGAUUUCCCCAUUGUGUUGGACCGAAUAAAGGCUUUGCGAUUCAGUACUUAAAGUUUAUGUAAACUGUAACAAUACUUAUGCCCAUGUGACACUUUAAGACUCUCUGUCUAAUGUACUUUUGUUUUUGUGUUUACCAGUCUUUUUUAGCUCACUGAAAGCUGUCUCCCUCAAUCACUCCUCAAUGUUCUAUCUUAAUUUUGUGGAAGUUUAAAGUUUUCAAUGAGC